AUGUCGGAUAUCUCGCAGUCAUUGGAGCUACUUGUAGCGUCUCUGGUACCCCAAGCAAGGAAUAAAGAUGCUUUGAUGAAAGAACUAUUAUCGCACUGUCAAGAAAUCCUCAGUCAAAAUCAUGAUACAGAUCUCGGUCACAUAGCUGGUUUAGUCAAGCGGCACCUUCUUCAAUCAUCUGCAUCGAAUAGCUCUUCGCUAAGAUUCACAAAUCUACUCUCUAGGCUCCUUGAUCAGCCCUUGUUAUCGCGAAAAUAUGAAUCAAUACUAUUUCUUCACUCUGUGGCAUCCACAUCACGUAGGAAUAAUCCCAUCGCCACAUUUUUGCCUUCUGUAGCCCCGCCACCUCCUAAAAUUCCAUCGACAGUCACAAGUCCCGUAGAUUCAUCCUUGGCCUCUCGAGCUCCCAAAGGAAAAUCAAAAGCAGCACUAUUGAGAGAAUAUCGCGCUGGUCUAGGUCAAUCCCAGCUUCCAGAACAACUCUUGCUCCGCGACACUCUGUAUCUACUGCAAGGAAUCUCAGGCAAGUAUGUACGACUGUCAUUGUCUGAUCAAGAUCAACAGAGUAGACUCAUUUUCGUCGACGAUUCAACAUACCUUGUCCCGGCCCCACUGAGGACUCUUGUACAUCGACUUUCUGAAGUGGGCCACUUAUAUUCCCGCGUAGAGGCUUUUGUAAAGGACCGUGAGGGAACAGCUGGUGUUGGAAUGAUUGAACAAAGCCUCUGUCACCACCUUCAAGCUCAACUCACAGAGUAUUACAGACUCAUUGCAGUGCUCGAGUCCCAGACGUCAAUGUCACCUAGCGCAGACCUUGACAGUAAGAACAUCGAAUGCAAUGUCAGAGAGGAAACAGGAUUGACUCUGAAGCGUCUGGAUGUAUGGAUAACCGAAUGGAGGCUUAGGAUGCGUAUGAUGAGCGUUUGCGUUGAGGGUGCUCGAGACGCGCACGGAGGAGCCUUAGUCAACUUGAUACAUAGUUAUACUGAUAAUGGUGAUCCAUUCGUCCGUCAAUUUACUGACCAACUUCUUGAAGAAGUGUCCAAACCAUUUUUCUCUACUCUCCACAAAUGGUUAUUUUCAGGAGAGCUUUACGACCCCUACAAUGAAUUCUUCGUAUCCGUAAACCCAGGACUUGCCCACAUGCAAUACCUACAUCCGUCAUCUUUAACCGGAGGUAUCGCACAAUUGUCAUCGGAUGGUGGUUUUGCAGGAUUAGGGGGCGACAGCGAGGAUAUGUCGUCUGAACGUGAAAGCGGUUUAAGACUAUGGGAAGCAAAGUAUCAGUUCCAAAAAGACAUGCUCCCUAUGUUCGUUGGAGAAGCAUUCGGGAAAAAGAUUUUUUCAACAGGAAAGAGUUUAAACUUUAUACGGUACAGCUGCCACGAUAGUGACUGGGUUGCCACACGAGAAAAGAUGGGUAACACGGGAGGAACUCUUAAAUAUAGCGACAUCGCUGGAUUGGAACGAUCUAUCGACUCCGCCUAUCUCACUGCAAGUCAGCGAUUAUUUGAAGUGUUCAUUGAAAAGUUCAAACUUCUUGAUCAUCUACAAGCGUUGAAACAUUACUUGAUGCUUGGAUACGGAGACUUUGCUGAUCAACUAAUGGAGACACUUGGGCCAAGUUUGAUUAAACCAGCUCACACACUAUAUCGUCACAAUCUCACCGCCACGCUCGAGACUGCUAUCCGCUCUUCAAAUGCACAAAAUGACCCACCAGAUGUGCUCCGCCGCCUGGAUGCACGCAUGCUCGAGUACUCCCAUGGAGAAGUUGGGUGGGAUGUGUUUACUCUUGAAUACAAAGUCGAUGCGCCUAUCGACACAGUGCUCGAUCCAGAUUCAAUGCUGAAGUACCAGAAAUUAUUCAGCCAUCUAUGGAAGAUGAAACGAAUCGAAGGUGCAUUAAGCCAGGGCUGGAUGAGGAUAGCUGGGGGAUCUAGGACAUUCUUGCGACUUCCGGAUUUCGAAUAUGACUGGCACCAAAUUCGCCUCGUAAUGGCCGAGAUGAUACAUUUCAUCCGCCAGAUGCAGGCAUAUUGCCAUCUUGAAGUAAUAGAGUGUUCAUGGACAAAUUUGGCAGAUUUUUUGAACAAGCGGGAGGGUGACUUAGAUGCGUUGAUUGAUGCACAUCGUUCUUACUUAGAUAGAAUGGUUAAGAAGGUGCUUCUGCUAAGUCAUAAAAGUGGCCGGGAGGAGAGCCUGUUGAGUCAAGUUCGCGAACUUUUUUCCACUAUCCUUCAAUUCCGAGAAACGACAGAUAACUUUUAUAACUACUGUCUAUCGGAAUCGGCUCGUAGGGACCAGUACAAAGAUGCGGCAAGGGGCGUACACACCGGAAUGCAGCAAGGUGCUCAGGAUCAGGAAUUGCGAGAUGCGCUACCUACGAUACGGAAGCUUAUCAGAGACUAUAGUGCCACAUUUUCCGAGCGUGCACAGGGUAUUGUCCAUUCACUGCAAGGCCAUCCAGACCUUGAUUGUCGCUUCUUGGGCAUCAGGUUGUCUUUCUCGGACUUCUAUAGGUCUAAAAAGGACCAUCAGCUCUUACAGCAACGUUCCUCAUGA